AAGGACGAUACUAUUUGGGCGGUGCGGUUGGUGGUCGUCGCAAUGCAAUAACAUUCAAUAUGGAGUACAUAGUACUGUGGUUCUUAUAUUUCGGCUACUACAAAUAGAUAAGUAUCCAAUAACUGUCUAGUCAUUCCAUCAUUUAGUGAAUCUGCUAUUUCGGAAUUCUUUAGAGCGCGUAGGCUAUGUUUUUGAUGUUCAUAAAUUGAUGCAUUGUUACAGGAGAGACGUUGAUCUGAUAACAAUUUGGUGCGGUGACAGUUAAACUGUUGUAACAUUUAGAUACGUAUUAAUGUAGCAAUAUUUCAAAUGAUGAAUGUUAUCCUCGCAACAGCGUGUGGUGGCGAUUCUAAUUUGUAUACAAGCCUGGUAGUGGUUAAAGCGCUAUUGAACGUUUUGUAGAAUACUCGGUUACUAGGUGAAAGGUUAGGGACAUUGCUCUCAAAUUGUUCGUCGUCGGGUCGUGUAUGAUCAUAGGUAAGAGACUCGGCCUACGUUCUGUAGGCAACGCUGCAUUAUAUGAUAACAUUUUUGCACAGUGCACUUUAACUAGCCAGCCUAAAACAACAAAUAAAUCACGGUUCAAACACCAACUAUACAGUAUGUAAUCCAAUAAAUCAUGCUAUAAGGUCGUGACUACCUCGCAUUUAAUUUUAAUUCAUUACACAUAUUUACAUUUUCACUGUUGAAAUUAGUCAAGUUAGUCAUUUUUAUGAGAGACUGGUCCAAAAGCACUCUUACCUCUCUGUCCUCCACUGCCACGUGUAGUACACCCUCUUAUCCUUACCCCUCUGCCAUUACAUUUUAACACCAUGCUGUAGGCCUGUCUCGCUCACUUAUCCCACCCUUAUAACCCUUUGAAACUCCUCUCCUCCACUGCUAGGAUGCGCAAUGCAGCGAGUGCCUCUUUGUCUCUGGGAUCGCUGGGUCUGCUGCGUCUCUUCGGGGUCCCCUGGUCCUGGAGCUUAGCAGCAGGCUUCGGGGUCUUUCUGGGCACAGGUGGUUGGAAGUACCUCUACAUCGUAGUCCGUACUGCCAAAAGAGACCUAAAUGGCCUUUACGUGUUGUUACGAGUCAAGAUAGCCUUGUGGCACCACCUACGGCGCAACAGCAAUAUCCCCUCCAUCUUUGCCCAGACGGUGAAGCAGCACCCAAAUAAACCCGCCCUCAUCUAUGAUGCCACAGGAGAGACGUGGACCUUCACCCAGCUGGACCUGCUGUCUAACGCUGUGGCCCAAUGGGCUCUGGCCCAGGGCUGGGCCCCGGGGGAUGUGGUAGCCCUCUUCAUGGAGAGCCGGCCCUUGCAGGUGGCCCUCUGGCUGGGCCUGGCCAAGGUGGGGGUGGAGGCAGCACUCAUCAACUUCAACCUGCGGAGGGACGCUCUCCUGCACUGUGUUGGAGUGUCUGUGUCCAGAGGGAUCGUGUUCGGAGCCGAGCUGGCUGGUGCCAUGUUGGAGGUGAGCUCAUCCCUGAGCCCGUCGAUGGUGCGGUUUUGUACAGGAGAGCUCAGUGUAGACUGUCUGGCCUCCCUGUCUGCCCAGAAUCUGGACUAUAUCCUGGCCUCGGCCCCUACACUGCCCCCUCCUCCCUGCAUCCCACCCAAGAGCUUCAAUGAUCGUCUGUUCUAUAUAUACACCUCAGGCACCACAGGACUCCCGAAAGCUGCUAUAGUGGUGCACAGUCGGUAUUACCGUAUCGCUGCUUUUGGCUACCAUGCUUUCCGCAUGCGCCAGGAUGACAUCAUCUACGACUGCCUUCCCCUCUACCACUCUGCAGGUAAUAUCAUGGGUGUGGGCCAGUGUCUCAUCAAUGGACUCACUGUGGUGGUGAAGAAGAAAUUCUCAGCCAGUCGCUUCUGGGAAGAUUGCAUCAAGCACAACUGCACUGUGGUGCAGUACAUAGGGGAGAUCUGUCGCUACCUGCUGUCCCAGCCGGUGCGGCCUUCUGAAAAGGGUCACCGGGUUCGCCUGGCGGUGGGGAAUGGGCUGCGUCCUAGUGUCUGGGAGGCCUUCACCGAACGCUUUGGUGUGGCCCAGGUAGGGGAGUUCUACGGAGCCACCGAAUGCAACUGUAGCAUCGCCAACAUGGACGGCAAGGUGGGAGCUUGUGGGUUCAACAGCCGCAUCCUGCCCAAUGUGUACCCAAUCCGCCUCAUGAAAGUGGAUGAGGAGACCACGGCGCUGGUGAGGGACAGGCAUGGCCUGUGUGUGCCCUGCCUUCCUGGGGAGCCAGGGCUGCUGGUGGGAAGGAUCAACCAACAGGAUCCGCUACGGAGGUUUGAUGGCUACGCCAACCAGGAUGCCACCAGGAAGAAGAUCGCCAACAAUGUCUUCAAGAAAAAUGACUCGGCAUAUCUGUCAGGGGAUGUGUUGGUGAUGGAUGAGCUGGGCUACAUGUACUUCCGGGACCGCAGUGGAGACACGUUCCGCUGGAGAGGAGAGAACGUCUCCACCACCGAGGUGGAGGGAACACUGAGUGGUCUGCUGGGCCAGGCCGAUGUGGCUGUGUAUGGGGUAUCUGUACCAGAUGUGGAAGGGAAGGCAGGGAUGGCUGCCAUCGCAGACCCAACAGGGACAUUUGACUGUGAUGUGUUCCUGCGAGAGGUCCAACAGGCCCUGCCCCCUUACGCCCGUCCCGUGUUCCUACGCAUCUCCCCACAAGUAGACACCACAGGUACCUUUAAAAUCCAGAAGACCCGGUUGCAGAGGGAGGGAUACGAUCCGCGCUUAUCAACCGACCAGAUUUACUUUUUGAACUCCAGAGCAGGGCGUUAUGAGGCUGUGAAUGAGGAGCUACACAGUGCUAUAGUGGAGGGUAGAAUGGCUCUAUGAGAUGGACUAUUUUAAGCUGGGUUUACACAUGUUUAUGAGGCUGCUUUGAGCCACAGCUUGUUGUAGCUACGUUAAAUCUAAUCACAUAACUGUUUUCGCGAGACACGGUGGUAUGGACAAUCCUUACGACCAAGUGAAGAAUCUUGUAGUGUGUGACCCCUGUCUGUGCCACAUUGUUGAGUAUGGCACCACUAAGUUGGCAAGACAACAAAAUACGACAGGAAAGAUGGUCGUUUAGUGCCGAGAGGCUCAGCCAUGUUAGGAUCAUGAAAGUCAUGUAGUGCACACCGGCUUUAGGAAAGUGACUGUCAAGGUGUCAGAUACUGGAGACUGUGAUAUGCUGGAGUGGAAAGUCUUAUCAUGCCUUUAUAAUGCAUUGUAAGACUUGUCAUAAGCAUGCAUGACCCCAUAUGUCUUAUCAACUCAUAAUGAUCCUGUCUCAACUUGAUAUGUUCAUACAUUGUGAAAAAUAACAUAGUAUUAUAAAGGCUCAUCUGUGCUUAGAACACGUUAUGAAGCAUUACACCUGCAGGCUUUAAGUAGUGUUAUUGCUGAAGUCAACAUGUAUUAGUGUUGCUCCCUGGAUCUAGUCUAGAUCAGGGGACUGAAGGGCUACUGAUCAAUCAAUAGGGAAACCUUAGUACUGUUACAAAACCAUGUUUUAACACUGUAUCAAUAACGUCCAAGGACAAGGUUGGAUGAGGGCUUUUUCCCCCGUUUGUAUUUCUUCAUUUGUGUUUCUUAGUUUAGCCAAAUGAAAACAUUCAAGCCUUCAACAUUACAAUGCACAUAGAGCAGAGCACGUUUUCACAUGAAACCAGGAUGUCUGUUACAAUGACAGCAUUUGUCUGUUUGUUACAAUGAGAGUGUAAAGGAAAUGAGAGCUGGGACUGAAUAUACCACAGUUGUUGAGAUACCAGUCUCUUGAAGAUUGUGUUCCAGGCUAUUUGCUCCCAACCUUGUAAUAGUAGUGUGCCACCAUGUAAUGAACAAAAUGCUGAACUGAACAGUACUUGAGUGUCCAUGUUGGAUGAGGUGUUGCUACCUGUGUGUUAGUAGUAUGAUAGAACAUACCUCUUAUUCCGAACACUAACUGUAGGAGUUUCGAUUGCGAGAUUACAUUUUUUUUUUAAUGUAAAACUAGACCUGAUUACAUAACAUGUUUGAAGUAAUGGAUGAUAUGCACUGACUGACCACUCAGGUUCACACACAUUGAUAUUAUGUGCCUUGUGGGAACCCCUGUGUGUCCUGGAACUAUUGGGGUUUUAUGCUUAACCUGACUAAGGAACUCCAAUACAUAAGAAAGAACAUUAUUUAAACAAUAUCUUCACAAUCUGUCAAUUAGUCAGCAAUCAUGGUUGCCCUAUUAUUAUGUAAUAAAGCAAUUUCUCAGAGUAAUAUUGUAGAUAGAAUUGAUUGGGAACAUUAUUCUAGCUCUCCAUUUUCAUACAUUUGUUUAGGUGUAACUCAAAAUAAAGGUUUGUAAAAGACA